CUUUCUCUGCAAUCAAACGCUGCCUCUGUCUUCUCUCUCUCUCUGACAUUCCUGUCGCGCUUUCUCGCUCUAGGGUUUCGUGCCCCCUAAAAGUCUCUCUAAAAACAUGCACCUCUCUCUCCUCUCUCUAGACUCGUGUCGUAUUCUCUCUCUAAAUUGGGCCUUCAUUCUCUCUCUAAUCUCUGUCUCUCUCUAAGGUCUAAAACUCAUCCCCCUUUCCCUUUCCACAUGCAUCUCAUUCUUCCCUUCCCUUCCUCUCUCUCUCUAAAAGGAAACGUUCAUGUCUAUCUCUCACUUUCUCUCUCUAGAGGACACGCUCAUCUUGGUCUCCGGAGUUCUCUCUCUUCCUGUAAUCUCGAAAAUAUCUAAAAUUUAUUUGUUUUGGUCUUAACCCAAUGGAGCCGAGGCAGGGCGGUAUAUUCAGUGUACUAGGUAAAGCUGUUGUGCCUACUUUCUACCGCUUGAUCGUACGGACUUUUAGGGUUUUCAGGGGGCCUUUCGCUGGUAGAACUGUGUAUUUCUGGUGCGGUGGGUAGUUUGGCUUCGGUUCUUCUAGCUUGAGCUUGAUUCAGUGGAGGACGAUGGAAUUUGAGACUGGUUCUGGUUCAUUUUAAGGGGUAAAUGGUUGAUCUCGCUCAAGCUUGUUCUUUUUCAUGGUUCUGUAGGAGUUUUAGGUUCUCAGCGAUUCCGAGAUUUCGCAGAGAAAAGAGAUUAUUAGCUCAGAUAUGUAUAAUUUUUGCCAAAACUUGAAAGUGCAGAGUGUUCCUUAUUUAAGAUCUAAAAUGUGUGAUGUAUGGAAUGCUAGUGGUUUUUGUUGGGUUUAAAGCAGUGUUUUAUGGAGAAAACAUUAAGUCCUUCAGUGAGUAACCGAUUAUUUAGGUUUUCUCAUGGCAUUGUACACAGUUCAGCCAGGGUUUUUCGUUGUGAAUCAUAUCACGUACUGUGAACCAAGUAUAUUGCUUCUCUGUGAAUAUUUCAGAAAUGAUCAGGCAUUUACGGUCUUUUGCACUUGUAGGGCUCUAAGCUGAAUUUGAUCUCUGUAAAUUUGUGGAAACAAGUUGUCCUUCCUCUAAAGGGACUCUUUUCAGGGAUUUCAGUGCUAUCUAGCAUGAGGUCUAGUAUUUUGGUUGGAAAAUAAGACACAUCUGAGCAGAAGUUUGAUUUGUGAUAAAAUAUAAGUUGGAGAAGAGAUGAACUUCAGGCAUUUGGAGGUGAUGCAAUUCUAAGCUUUUUAUUCCAUUGUUGUGGAGAAGUAGAUAAUUGUAGAAAGAACAUUGUUUCUUUGCCAGAACAUUGAAUGGAUGCAAAAAGUUUUAAGCUGAGAUCUGGCAUUUUUCUUUCAGAUUUUUGUAAUGUACUUCUCUCUUCAUAAAUUUUGAAAUUUGUUUUUUAUCUAGUAGGAAGUUUCUCUUUGGUGCUAAAGUGAUUUCUGGUUCUAGAUUCAGGGAAGUGAAUUCAUACUAUCUCCAUUGCUGCUAUCUUUUUCAGGAGGAGCGUUUCUUGUGACCAGUUGGGUUUAAGGUUUUACCAGACCCUAGUUACUACUUUUAGGGUUACAGUUGGCAAGACGAAUCAUCACUAAAAUUUAUUUUUGUUGAAGUUACUAAUUUAUCUGGUUAAGCUCUUCUAUUUUUAGCAGAAGUAACUUUAACCAGCAAAUUGGAAAGAUGGACUUUUUUAAUGUGAAAAGAUUCACAAAAAGGGAUCCAAAACUGGGUUUGGUCAAUGACCUAGAACAUAAAACUGUGGAGAAGGAAUCUUCUUAUGCAAAUGGAGAUUUGCAGAAGCCUGUUGAGAAGGAAGCCACUGAUGUGAAGGAUGAAGCAACGGGAGAAAUAGAGGACGAUGAUGAUGAUUUUAUUAUGAGUGAGAUGAAGAGGAGACUUAAAGAGCUUAGGAAGAAUAGUUUCAUGGUGUUAAUACCUGAAGAAUCAUAUCCAGAGGAGACGAGCUCAAGUGAAUGGAAGGAUUCAGAAGAAACAGAGGACGGCUCUUGUGAUGGGCUUGAGAUCCCAUAUGAGAAGUACGCUGAGAAGAUGUUGUUCUUUGAUCGGUUAAGUGCUCAGCUGAUACAAGAAUCAGAUUACGUGGAUUCUUCAAGUGCUUUGCGAAGGACACCGUCUAAGAAAUUAUCAUGGUCACUUCGUCGGAACUCUUGGGGUAAAAAAGAACUUGAGGAGGAAGCUGAGAACCUGCAGCAGAACCAAGAUAAACCUCUUCAGAGUCUUGAAAUUGUAUACAUUUCGCAGUUAUGUUUAACAUGGGAGGUGCUUCACUUUCAGUACAAGCAGAUAUGCGGUAAACUUGAAUCUGAAUCUGAACCUGAACCUGAAAGUCCGAUUUGCUAUAGCCAUGUAGCUCAGCAACAUCAGCAAUUCCAGGUCUUAUUACAGAGAUUCUUGGAAAAUGAGCCUUUUGAGAAAGGCUCACGGCCUGAGAUAUAUGCCCACACAAAGAAAUCGUUCCCCAAGCUAUUGCAUGUUCCAAAUUUAAAUGAUCGCAGAGAAAUCGAUCAUGAACCAGACUCUUCAUUAAUUGCCACCAAUCUGAUUAAGUUGAUUGAGACUUCAAUUCUGAUCUUCCGCAAUUUCCUCAUGUUAGACGAGCAAAAAUCUACCUCAGUUCUCAAUAUGAUUACAAGUCAUAACCAUGUAACUGGCUUUGUGCAACCAAUCAAAGCUGCUCUUGACAAGAAGGGGAUGAAAUUGAAGGAACUAUGUAAUAAAAAGAAAGGUUUUAAGAAGAAAUCGUGGCCUUCUACAAGUGAAGAUAGUGAGCUUUUGCUGGCCCUGAUUGAUAUCAAAGUGGUGGCCAGGGUGUUGAGGACGGAGGGGAUAACCAAAGAGCAGUUGAACUGGUGCGAGGAGAAGAUUAAGAAGCUUGAUUUGUCCACAGCUAAACUACAGAGGGACUCUUCUCCUCUCCUAUUCCCAUGUUGAGUUAUAGUUCAACAACACUCUUAUUAGUAAGCGGGCAGGAAUAUUAUUCCCUUUUGCUUUUUCCAUAAGUAGGUAUUAUGGUUUUUCGUUUCUAUAGAUUUAUGGAUAUAUGUACACUGUGAAGAGGUAGAUAGAGGUCUUUGUUAGAUUUGUUUCCCUGUCAUUUACCUAAUAGUGGCCUCCUUUGGUGUUGAAUCUAGAAAAGCAUGGAACCGCAGAAAGGAAUUUUGUGAAUCGAACUUCAAUGUUGUUGAUUUUCCCCAUGAUUACAAUGUAAUAGAGAUUAGACUCUCUCACUCUU